GUCCCGGGCGAGUACAAAGGGAAACCACUCUCAACUAGAGUUUGAACUAAGAUUAGCUCCCCCUGAGUUAUCAAUGAGGUCACGGUCAUUACUGUAGCCUGUCGACACCUUCCCUUUUUAUCCCUCCCAAAUUAUCGAAAAGCUGUGCAGUCACCAUGGAAACAUCCACAGCAGGCACUAGGAGAUGGUGUCACGUGAUAUGCCUUCUGCUUGUGACGGUGUCGUGGACGGGUAUGGCGUGGGCCAACGAAUGUUCUGGCCAAGGUGACAUCAUUUUCCUUGUGGACGAUUCCGAGGCUACCAAGUUACUGGAAGGGUCAAGCGUAGUGUACGCGUCUGGGAUAGCCACCUUCCUGCAACAGGUGGUCAGUACGGUCAGUCUCGGCAACGUCCGCGUCGGCAUAACCCUCAUCAGCAGCUCUGCUCGACGACAGAUCGUCUUCAGCGACAACCUUGCCGCGUUACAGGCCGCCAUCAACGGCAUCACCCCUCAGUGGCAAUCCCUGAACACAUUCACGGGUAUACAGAAUGUUGUCAGUCAGUUUACUGAUGCCCGAGCAGGAGUACCCAAGAUUCUCGUCAUCGUGACCAAUGGUGUUUCCUCAAACCCAACACUGACAAUCGCCGAGGCAUCUACCGCACGAGCAGCUGGAAUAGAAAUAUUUGGUGUCAGUUUUUUGGGAGACGUCCCCGUACCGGAACUUAAUGCCAUUACAGGGAACACUAGCCUCGUUUUCGUUUCCCCUUCAGCUUCAGACUUAAGUACUAUCUUUGCAUCUAUAAACACAGCUGUCUGUACUUCAAUAGCCGCCUCACAACCGACGCCAGCAGGUUGUUCCCAGAACGACAUAAUCAUCCUUCUUGACGACUCCGAGGCUACGAAAGCCAUAGAAGGGUCCAGCGUUGUCUUCCCUUCUGGUAUCCAGUCCUUCCUCACGACAUUCAUCAAUACAGUCAGUCUCGGGGCCACCCGGGUCGGCAUCACACAGGUCAGCAACACAGUUCGACAACUCAUCACCUUUAGCGACAACCUCGCGGCGUUACAAACCGCCAUCAGCAGCAUCAGCCCUCAGUGGCAGGGGCUCAACACCUUCUUGGGAAUACAGAACGUCACCGCACAGUUCACAGCCGCGAGACCCCAAGCUCAGAAAGUUGUGAUCCUCGUUACAAACGCCAUUUCUUCCAAUCCGACCACGACCAUAGCCGAGGCAACGACAGCACGUGCUGCCGGAAUCAAGAUGGUCGGUGCCAGCUUCAUGGGGCAGAUUCCUGUACCGGAACUCAACCUUAUAACGGCAGACAGCAGUCUCGUUUUCGUUUCGCCAAAUACAAAUGACCUUGUCAAUACAAUAUCUGGUUUAGUAUCGACUCUCUGUCCAGAUUCUGUGGAUACAACGACAGUCCCAAAUGACGUCACCGCCUUCACAACCGACGCAGGCGAGGAUGUUACGACUGUUACGGAUCCAGUUGUGACGGGCAUCGUUGAAGUCACAACUGACGUUCCCGCCUUCACGACAGACGUCACAGCCUUCACGACUGACGUCAACGCCUUCACGACCGACGCAGGCGAGGAUGCUACGACUGUUGCGGAUCCAGCUGUGACGGGCAUCGUUGAAGUCACAACUGAUGUCACUGCUUUCACAACUGACGUCACUGCCUUCACAACUGACGUCACUGCCUUCACGACUGACGUCACCGACUUCACUGAUGUCACCGCCUUCACGACUGAUGUCACCGCCUUCACGACUGACGUCACCGACUUCACGACCGACGCAGGCGAGGAUGCUACGACUGUUGCGGAUCCAGCUGUGACGGGCAUCGUUGAAGUCACAACUGACGUCACUGCCUUCACGACUGACGUCACCGACGUCACGACUGACGUCACCGACUUCACGACUGACGUCACCGACUUCACGACUGAUGUCACCGCCUUCACGACUGACGUCACCGACUUCACGACCGACGCAGGCGAGGAUGCUACGACUGUUGCGGAUCCAGCUGUGACGGGCAUCGUUGAAGUCACAACUGAUGUAACUGCCUUCACGACUGACGUCACCGACGUCACGACUGACGUCACCGACUUCACUACUGACGUCACCGACUUCACCACUGACGUCACCGCCUUCACGACUGACGUCACCGCCUUCACGACCGACGCAGGCGAGGAUGCUACGACUGUUGCGGAUCCAGCAGUGACGGGCAUCGUUGAAGUCACAACUGAUGUCACUGCCUUCACGACUGACGUCACAGACUUCACGACUGACGUCACAGAUUUCACGACUGACGUCACCGACUUCACGACUGAUGUCACCGCCUUCACGACUGACGUCACUGCCUUCACGACCAACGCAGGCGAGGAUGCUACGACUGUUGCGGAUCCAGCUGUGACGGGCAUCGUUGAAGUCACAACUGAUGUCACUGCUUUCACAACUGACGUCACUGCCUUCACGACUGACGUCACCGACGUCACGACUGACGUCACCGACUUCACGACUGAUGUCACUGCCUUCACCACUGACGUCACUGCCUUCACGACCGACGCAGGCGAGGAUGCUACGACUGUUGCGGAUCCAGCUGUGACGGGCAUCGUUGAAGUCACAACUGAUGUCACUGCCUUCACAACUGACGUCACUGCCUUCACGACUGACGUCACCGACUUCACCACUGACGUCACCGACUUCACGACUGACGUCACCGCCUUCACCACUGACGUCACUGCCUUCACGACCGACGCAGGCGAGGAUGCUACGACUGUUGCGGAUCCGGCUGUGACGGGCAUCGUUGAAGUCACAACUGAUGUCACUGCUUUCACAACUGACGCUACUGCCUUCACGACUGACGUCACCGACUUCACCACUGACGUCACCGACUUCACCACUGACGUCACCGACUUCACCACUGACGUCACUGCCUUCACGACCGACUCAGGCGAGGGUGCUACGACUGUUGCGGAUCCAGCUGUGACGGGCAUCGUUGAAGUCACAACUGAUGUCACUGCCUUCACGACUGACGUCACCGACGUCACGACUGAUGUCACCGACGUCACGACUGAUGUCACUGCCUUUACAACUGACGUCACUGCCUUCACAACUGACAUCACCGCCUUCACGACCGACGCAGGCGAGGAUGCUACAACUGUUGCGGAUCCAGCUGUGACGGGCAUCGUUGAAGUCACAACUGACGUCACUGCCUUCACGACCGACGUCACCGACUUCACGACUGGCGUCACCGACUUCACGACUGACGUCACCGCCUUCACGACUGGCUUCACCGACUUCACGACUGACGUCACCGCCUUCACGACCGACGCAGGGGAGGCGAUGAAUGGAGGACUAAGCGGUUUAUUGUCUGAUUCUGCCGCAAUAGUUUUAGAUCCUUGUGUCAUGGCAUCAGCUGACGUAGUACUCAUGGUGGACGAUUCGGACAGUCUUAAGCGAACCCAGCAGGACGGAACAGGAGUUACGUACUCACCUGGUGUCGUCCGGUUCAUCAAGGAUGUCAACGCGCUGGUCAACCAAGGUGACAUCCGGAUCGCUCUUCUUAUGUUCAGCGAUACCGCGAGACUGUUGUCCAACUUUGAAGCUAGCCAAGCCUUGCUAGACUCUGCUAUUGACAACUUUUCGGCAGAGUUUGCAGGGACAAACGGAUCGGAGGCUUUCCUCAAACUCCAAACCCUGUUAUCUGGUAAUUGGAGAGCGGGAGUUGGGAGACAUGUUAUUUUCAUAGUUGACAGCGUUACGGACGACCCUGCUGCGACGUUGGCUUCAUCUACGACUGUCAAGGACAGCGGCAUUAACGUCAUAACGGUGGGCUUCAGCGACGCUGUGUCCCCUUCGGAGAUGGCAGGUGUAGCCAGUAGCCCAAACCAGACCUUGUACGUGUCCAGUGACGAUCAGUUAUCCAGCCUCGUUCCAUCCAUUAAAGCUUUCCUGUGUACAGGUGUAAACAGCUAGGAUAUACAAGGUCUCAUGUGCACCAACAUUAGCUGCAUCUCAAGCCAAGCUCUACCACAAAACAUAUACUGAACGCUGUAUUUGGAGGAUAUUUUUUGUAGUGAACAAUUUCGUAAAAUAUUUCACCCAAACAUAUUCAUGAUCCCUAAUUUGUUUUGUUCGGCAUAUAUCACCUCC